GCUCCAAAGCCUUUGGCGCCAACUUUACCAAACUCCAAACUAAGGAUAGUCACCAAAAAAAAAAAAUUCACGGGGAAGCUAUUGACGAAUUCUUUUCAGUCCUCGGAGGAGGCCAUGGAAGCGGGAAGCGCUGAAACCGAACAACCUCUAGAAAUGGAAGUUGAAGAAGAAGAGAUUGCUCCAAUUUAUAAAGAGCCGCCGAAAAUUAAGCGACUAGAGGAGUCGGUAGUUAACAGAAUCGCCGCCGGAGAGGUUAUUCAGAGGCCGGUGUCCGCCGUGAAAGAGCUCAUUGAGAAUAGCUUGGAUGCUGACUCCACAUCUAUCUCCGUCGUCGUCAAGGACGGUGGACUCAAACUCAUUCAAGUUUCCGAUGACGGACACGGCAUCCGAUAUGAGGAUUUGCCAAUAUUAUGUGAAAGGCAUACAACUUCCAAGUUGAGCAAUUUUGAAGAUUUACAGACCAUACAGUCAAUGGGGUUUAGAGGUGAGGCCUUAGCUAGCAUGACUUAUGUGGGUCACAUGACAGUCACUACCAUUAUGAAGGGUCAGUUGCAUGGCUACAGGGCGACUUACAGAGAUGGUGUCAUGGAGCAAGAACCAAAACCAUGUGCAGCUGUGAAGGGGACUCAAAUAAUGGUUGAGAAUUUAUUUUAUAACAUGAUUGCUCGUCGGAAAACACUUCAAAAUUCAGCUGAUGACUAUCCAAAAAUUGUGGAUUUGCUGAGUCGGUUUGCUAUUCAUCACAUCAAUGUGAGCUUUUCUUGCAGAAAGCAUGGAGCUGCUAGAGCAGAUGUUCACUCUGUGGCAACGUCUUCUAGGCUUGAUGCGAUCAGAUCUGUUUAUGGAGUUUCUGUUGCUAGGAAUCUGAUAAAAAUAGAAGCUUUUGAUGAUGAGUCAUCUAGUUCAGUUUUCAAAAUGGAAGGUUUCAUCUCAAAUUCGAACUACAUUGGAAAGAAGAUAACAAUGGUGCUUUUCAUCAAUAAUAGACUGGUGGAGUGUGGUGCUCUAAAGAGGGCAGUUGAAAUUGUUUAUUCUGCUACAUUGCCUAAAGCAUCAAAACCUUUUAUAUACAUGUCAAUCAUAUUGCCUUCUGAGCAUGUUGAUGUGAAUGUACACCCGACAAAGAGAGAGGUAAGUCUUUUACAUCAAGAAAUAAUCAUUGAAAAGAUACAGUCUACAGUUGAAUCAAGACUGAGGAACUCUAAUGAGUGCAGGACAUUCCAAGAACAGACAGUGGAUGCAUCUACAUCUAGUCUUCGGGCUACACAGAAAGACUCCCCCAAGAAUCCCACUCCUCCUAGUUCACAGACACCAAAAUCAGAAAAAGUUCCAGUACAUAAAAUGGUGCGCAUAGAUUCGCUAGAUCCUGCUGGCAGGCUGCAUGCUUACUUGCAAGCAACACCUUCAAGUCAGGCAGAUAAAAGUUCCUUGGCCUCUAUAAGGUCUGCCAUUAGACAAAGGAGGAAUCCUAGGGAAACUGCUGAUCUUACAAGUGUUCAGGAGCUUGUCAACAUUAUUGACAGUAAUUAUCACUCAGGUCUCCUGGACACUAUUAGGAACUGCACAUAUAUCGGGAUGGCAGAUGAGGUUUUUGCACUGAUUCAGCACAAUACUCACCUUUAUCUUGCAAAUGUUGUUAACUUGAGCAAAGAACUCAUGUAUCAGCAAGUCUUGCGACGAUUCGCCCAUUUUAAUGCAAUACAGUUGAGUGAUCCGGCUCCUCUAGCUGAUCUCUUAAUGCUAGCUCUGAAAGAGGAGGACUUAGAUGCAGAAGGGGAAGAGAACUAUGAUCUGAAAGAAAAGAUUGCUGAAAUGAAUAUCCAGUUGCUCAAGCAAAAAGCUGAAAUGCUACAGGAGUAUUUCGGCAUUCAUAUUGACACAAAUGGUAACUUGUCUAGGCUUCCCGUCAUACUAGAUCAGUACACGCCUGACAUGGACCGUGUCCCUGAAUUUGUGCUUUGUUUGGGAAAUGACGUUGACUGGGAUGAUGAGAAAAUAUGUUUCCAAACAAUUGCUGCUGCUCUUGGGAACUUCUAUGCCAUGCAUCCUCCUUUGUUGCCUAAUCCAUCGGGUGAAGGACUGCAGUUUUACAAAAGAAGAGUUUCUUCAAACUGUCAUCAAGCAGGAGGAGGAUCCUCGAAAGAUGCAGAUGAUGCUGCCGUGGAAUCAGAAUAUGAUGAUGAGCUACUUGCAGAUGCUGAGAAUGCUUGGGCUCAUCGUGAAUGGUCAAUACAACACAUUUUAUUUCCAUCCAUGAGACUGUUUUUUAAGCCGCUGACUUCAAUGGCUUCAAAUGGAACUUUUGUACGGGUUGCUUCACUUGAGAAACUUUACAAGAUCUUCGAAAGGUGUUGACAAACAGCUGAGUCUUCUGUGCGGUAGUGACAUACAUGGGAGUUUUGUUACUGAAGUUUGGGAUUUCGUUGGGGGGUUCAAAUAGGAACCUUUGGUACCGGUGCAAGUUUGGGAUCAGGCUUCUAGUGCCCUGCCUGGGGUCGGUAUCAUUGCAUUGCUUGUACAGGUAGAAUUGUUGACUUGUUUUGUUAGCCCGCGUUUCUCUUUUGAAACCUUGUAUAUAGUUUUUGUCUUUAUAUUCAGUCUUAGCUUAAUCUUUUGAUGAUCUCGACAUCUCGGAUGGUAUAUAAGUGCGAAAUUUUGAUGA